AUGGACGAAGAUCAAGAUAAUUUUGUAGAAGACGAUGGAAGUGAAGAUGACAAAUUUGAAGAAACCUGGAAGAAAUAAUACGAAAUGUUACACAAGAAGUAAGACAAAAGACCUGAAUCCAAACACGGAAGACCUGAAAGUUCUAAAUUCACAUAAAAAAAGCAAAGUAUCAACGAGAACGCAAUCCCUAUUUCUAUUGCUUUACAGAAAUUUAACUAGCUAGUUACAUUUAACAAUAUUAAAAUUGAAUAAUUUUGGAAAUCAGAUUCUGUCAAUGCCUCUCCAGAAGAGUUUGUAUCAUUUCUCGGUUAGGCAGGCUUCACCUUUACAUAAGAAGAAAUUAAUCAAGUGUUGAGUGAUUUAGAAAAUGAAUUUGGUAAAAUCACUAUUGAGAACAUCUGCAAAAAAGUAUAAGCCUGGAAUUCAAAUGAAAAUACAAUGCUUGAUUUCAUCAAACAGAAGGCAUUACACAUGGCUUAGGCUAGCAAAAGGAAGUUCUCUGCUCAAAAGAAAAGUAAACCACAAUCUGCUUCUGCAACAAGGACUGCUCCCAAAGAUUUCAGACCUAUCAGUGGUAUAUCCUACAAGAGUAAACAAUCAGGAUUUACUGAAUUCAAAAUAGGUGAAGAAAGACCUGUGCAGAAUCUCUCUAAAUAUUAUCUAUAAAAAGCUAAGGAGAAAGAAAAAGAAAUGGAUAGGUUAUUGUAAUUAACAAUAUCUAAAGGAAAAAAUGAAUUUGAAUAUGAAAUGCUUAUAAAAAUGGGAGAAGCCAAUGAAUUAUCACAGUUGUUGGAGAGCAAGAUCACUUACAGGGCAUAUAAAUCAGCACAAGGCAAUCUCAAGGUCCAUAUGUAUGAACUAGAUCGAUUCAAUAAGGACAUGACUCUGGAAGAAUUUCAAAGAGAAUAUAAUAUGAUAAAGAAUAAAUACAAUGAGGGAAGGAAUCUAAAAAUAUGGGAAGUUCUUUCAGAAAAUAAAAAAAGUCAGAAGAGCUUGUAACACUUAGGAACACAAAAAGAUGAGAUCCAAUAAGAUUCUUAAAAUUAACAUCAAUCUAAAGUAAUUAAUAAAAAGGAGAGACAAUCUGAAUUAAAAAAGGUUCUUUUAGAAACUAUGAUGUUAACUAAUGUGUUAAAAGAAUAGCUAUCUGUUCUUUAAAAGAAAGGUAUAGUGAUUUAAUAACCUUCGAUGUGA